GUGGGGACACCAGUGGAUGUGCGAGACAAGGAGAAUCGAACACCUCUGCACUCAGCGGCAUGGCAGAACCACGCAAAGGUGUGUCGAGUGCUUGUGGAACAGGGGGCUAACGUCAAUGCCGUUUGCAGUCAGGGCGCAUCGGCGUUGUGCAUCGCUGCACAGGAAGGCCACCUUGGCGUCUGUGAAGUCCUUUUGCAGUGUGGAGCAAACGCCCAGCAGGUUGACGCCUACGGUAGAACAGCCUACAAGGUGGCCCUCAAAGCCGGCCACAAUGAUAUCUGUGCCCUGCUGGAACGCUUCGGCGGUAUUCUGGCAACUCCGCCUCGUAUUCGACACCGUUGGAAGCAAAUGACACCCACUGGCAUCGCCAAGUCGUCUCAGCAGCAGACGACGCAGCUUGUGCCGGCUCAGUCGCAGAAGAUGGCGGAGCACAUGGCGAUUCAACGGCAGGCCAAAUUUGAAAGCGACCAAGCAAGAAGUCCACGCACCACUGUGGAAGUCUCCGUGGCACCCCCAAACGCUUUCGUCGGCCAAGUGAACAUUGGAUGUGCCACGGCAACCACUGGAUCUGUUGUUUUGCCUCAAGGUGAUGAUGCAUUGGGGAGUUAUGCAAGGCCUUCAAUCGCCUCAAUGAACACAGGUCCAACACCGCCACCGCACCAACAACACUUCAAGCAGCAAUCGCAUCCCCAAUUCCUCGCACACCAUUGGCCAGCCCAGCAGAUGGCCUUCGACCCCAACCAAUGGCAGCCCGUCUUCCCCCAGGGCCUCCACUUUUCCCCCAACCCCACGUGGUGUCAUGUGGACGCGGGUCCAGCGGUCUACUUGAGACCCCCUGUGGGCUCAAACCAGAAAUCGCUCUACACGCCGCCUGUAUUCUUUGCGCCUCAAGUCGCUGCUUCAUUCGACCCGCAUCAAUUACACCAGCAACCGGCCUAUGUGCUUUCACCUCAGGGAUUUCUUGUUCCAGCGCAGGCUCCCUACUUCGUGCCAGCUAUGCAUCAACACCAAAACGCACCCAACCCACUACCAUCAGGCUUUCAUCAAGCUAUUGGAAUGACCCAAGUCCACGUGGAAAUGGCUGCGCACUAUCACCACCACCACCACCUCCUCCUCCUCCCUAACACCACAACCACCACCACCAUUACCACACACACCACCUCCCACCGCCACCUCCUCCUCAUCACUAACACCACCCCCACCACCUCCCCAAAACCACAACCACCACCAUUACCAAUGAACACAGACCUUUUACUGAAUUCAAGCAAUAAAUUCAGUGGUAUUUCUCCUCCACGUGUCCUAGUCCCUCAGCAACGCCUAACUACUGUACCAAACACCACCACUGCCGCUUCAACGAUGGAGAAGGAGGCUGUUCCACCGUGUACCACGCAUUCCCAACGACCGCCGAGCUUCGCUGCCGCUGAAGAUGUCGGUGGCACGCACCACACACAUCACCAGACCCUGGAACAGCCCACAAACCUCACCUUUACGGCCUCGUCGAUCGCAUCCCCCUUCGUGAGCGAGGCUCCCAUGUCGUACCACUACAGUGCCACGACGCCAACCACGCAGGAGGACUUCCAGAAACCCACCGCCGCUGAGCGUCCAACAAUUCAGUUGAUAGUCAACACCAAACUAGGCGAAGACGUCAUCAACCUCAAUGAGGUCACCGAUUCUGAGUACGAGUCAUCGGUGUGGGUGAGCCGGCGUCAGGUCACUGUGAUUCCAGCUGAACACACAGGACGUCUUGGCAAACCGGGCGCAGCUUUGAAGAAGGUGACCAAGGCAAACAGACACGGAACCAUGCCAGAGGGUCAUCACCACGGGUCAAAGGUCAAGGCCGUCAUCCAGGGUGCCUGGAAGGGGGCCAGACGGAAGAAGACGGCUCCUGGCGCUUCGAAAUCAUCGACCAUACCGGUGAGAGAUAAGAAGGGCGAGAAACAGUCGCAGCCAGAGUCGCAUAUUUAA